AUGCAGCUCUGGGGCGGGGAGCUUUGCAAUGUUGAGCACAAAUUCGAAGUCCCGCCCACAGGAUCACUCCUUUCACCGUCCACGUUUAGCCCACAGCAGCUCAUCACGUCAAGAAUGUGGUUCGAAGAACGUAGUUGGUCAAAUCUGAGAAUGGCGGAGCUUGUCGAAGAAUGGAGGGACCUUUGGUCGUUCAAGGUCGAUUUUAUGGUUGCUGCUAUUUCCUAUGUAUUCGCUACUACUAAUUUUUUGAACUUGCCGAAACUUAUUCUAGAAAAUGGAGGGUUAGCAUUUGUGGCUGCUUAUGGUUCUGCUCUCCUAGUGCUUGUGCUUCCCACAAUUAUUCUUGAACUUGCUGUUGGUCAGCUGACUGGUCGAGCACCGGUGCAAGCGUUUUACCAUCUGUCGCCGGUUUUUAAAGGUAUCGGAAUCUCACAAGUAUUAUUUACUCUGCUUGUGUUAGCCACAAUGACACGAUUUGUUGGAUGGCUGAUUCUAUUUCUCUUUCAUCUCUUCUGGACCAUUCAAGCUGACCGACCAGGAUUACCAUGGCUUAACUGUAAGUACUUUCCUGAACUACUAUCAGCGCCAUGUAGGGAUGCGGGAUCAAUGGCAAAUUUCACACUAGCUGCGCAUACAAAACUGAGCACCGUACAAGCAGAAAGUUCACUGAUUCAGUUCAUGAGUUCUCUGGAGAGACCCUCAUUAUCCAUAGCUGAUUUCGGAGAUUUUCAAUACUAUCUGCUUGCUGCUCAGGGACUGGUGUGGAUCAUUGUGUUUUGUGGGAUUUGCUUUGGCGUAAGAUGGCUCGGAAAGGUGAUUCCAUUUUCCUUCAUGGCAGCGUUCAGCAUGCUACUUGCGCUUCUUAUUCGGGCUUGUACGAUGGAUGGUCUUAUGUCGAUUUUCAAAGUUUAUUUCAAUGCAACAGACUGGAAUAGACUUGCUGAUUACCAUGUAUGGAAAAUUGCCUGCGAACAAGCAAUUCUCGCCACUGGAAUCGGUUUUGGUGCAUUCAUUACAAUGGGUUCAUAUAACAGAAGAUCGAACAACCUCGUCGGCGAUUCAAUACUUAUUGUUCUUGGACAUGCUUUGUUGACGCUUAUGCAAGUCGUUACUGUGAUAGGUUUAGUUGGAUUUGUUGUGUCAAAGACAGGCUUAACUCCUUCUGAUGUCAUGGAUAAGGGCGAAGCACAAAUGUGGCACGUUCUGGCUUACUUUUCUUAUCUUCCCAAUGUCAAACUAUGGAGUGGACUUCUUCUUUUUGCAUCUAUUUUCAUCUUACUAAACAUAUUUCAUCUCCUCUCUUUAUCUGUUUUGGCAACUCUGGAAGACGCUCUCGGCGAUCGGUGGUCCCGUUGCUUCCCUCGCUUCAUUCUUGCGAUUUUUGUCUGUAGUCUCAUCUUUUCAAUUUCGCUAUACUUUGCGACACAAGCCGGACGACAUGCCUAUGAGUUGGUGACAGGCUUUCUUCAAUAUUUGACUAUUUUUGUUAUUCUUGCUUUCGAACUCUUCGCAACGGCAUGGUUCUACUGUGCACAUCGCCUUGGCAUGGAUCUCCAUGUAAUGCUGAGAAACGCGUGUUGUUGGUGUCUUGGACACUUCAUUUUGUAUUUCACAUAUUUACUACCCAUAAUUCCUGUGGGAGUAGCUGUGCUGAAUCUUCAUGGCUACGACUUCUCUACCUUCUCUCCUGCCAUUCAUUCUUGGCCUUGGUCGGAAUGGGUUGGGGCGGCGGUGGCACUUGUACCUCUCUUGCCAAUACCUCUGUUCUUUAUAUUCACAAUUUUGGGAGCCUGCUGUUGUCGUGGUAAACAAGGCUAUACAAGAGGACAGCGAUUUCGAUCCGUGUUCACUUCACGAUUACGAAGAGACCACCGGGAUAAGUCAGCGCCACCUCCUCGAUACACUGGCACUGCACCUGGCUACCUUCUCUUGCCUCAAGCUCCACUAGCAGAGCCCGAAACAUACGCUUAA